UAUUUCAAAUAUAAAUCACAUGACUUCAACUCACACUCACAAACUUAACAUCGAAUAGCAGUCACAUAGGAUCACAGACAGGUCCUUGUUCUGUCUCGUCUCGCCGUAACGCAAGAGUUGGUAACCACUGGCAUGGUUUAAGCUCUGGCAAUGUCCACGACAAGAUGAACAAUGGAAUACUCAGACCUUUUUUCUCCUCUCGUGCCCUCUUCUCACCCCACCAACCAUUUCUGCAAAACCAUGACUUUGUUCCACACUCUACCUUGCUCUCCAAUACUCUGCAGUACUACAUCAACUCCGACACUCCUUCCUUCGGCCAAACGAUCCAUUCCCACAUUCUCAAAACUGGCUUUGUUCCCAACACUAAUAUUUCUAUCAAACUACUUGUAUUGUACCUUAAAUGUAAUUGUUUAAGAUAUGCACGCCAGGUGUUUGAUGAUUUGCGGGACAAAACUUUAUCAGCUUAUAAUUAUAUGAUUGGUGCCUAUCUCAAACAAGGACAAGUUGAAGAGUCACUUGGUUUGGUUCGUAGGCUUUUAGUGUCUGGGGAAAAGCUUGAUGGGUUUACUUUUUCAAUGAUUUUAAAGGCGUCUACGUCUACUUCAGGACGUAAUGUUGCGCCCCUUGGUGACCUUGGAAGAAUAGUGCACGUGCAGAUUCUGAAAGCUGAUGUUGAUGUUGAGAAAGAUGAUGUUCUUUGUACAGCGCUUACUGACUCUUAUGUUAAGAAUGGUAGGAUUGCUUAUGCGAGGACUGUGUUUGAUGUAAUGUCGGAGAAAAAUGUCAUAUCUUCGACAUCUCUCAUCUCGGGUUACAUGAAUCAAGGCCUUUUCAAAGAUGCAGAAUGUAUAUUUCAGAAAACAGUGGACAAGGAUAUAGUGGUGUUUAAUGCUAUGAUUGAAGGCUACAGCAAGACAUCCGAAUGUGCUACGAGAUCCCUUGAAGUUUACAUUGACAUGCAACGGUUGAACUUUAGGCCGAACAUUUCUACAUUUGCUAGCAUAAUUGGUGCUUGUUCCAUGGUUGCUGCAUUUGAAGUUGGGCAACAAGUACAGAGUCAGCUUAUGAAGACACCAUUUUUUGGGCAUAUAAAAUUAGGAAGUGCCCUUAUAGACAUGUAUUCCAAAUGUGGAAGAGUUGUAGAUUCUCGAAGAGUUUUUGACCACAUGCAUCAGAAGAAUGUUUUUUCAUGGACAUCUAUGAUUGAUGGAUAUGGGAAGAAUGGAUUCCCUGAUGAAGCACUUGAACUAUUUCAAAAGAUGCAGAUAGAGUAUGGCGUUGUACCCAAUUUUGUGACAUUCCUCAGUGCUCUCUCAGCUUGUGCACAUGCUGGACUUGUGGAUAAGGGUUUGGAGAUCUUUCAGAGCAUGGAGAAUGAAUACAAGGUUAAGCCAAGGAUGGAGCAUUAUGCUUGCGUGGUUGAUCUGUUAGGACGAGCAGGAAGGCUGAAUCAGGCUUGGGAGUUUGUCAUGAGGAUGCCGGAGAGACCCAAUUCAGAUGUGUGGGCUGCUUUACUUAGUUCUUGCAGACUACAUGGGAAUACAGAGAUGGCGAAAUUAGCUGCAAGUGAGCUUUUUAAGCUGAAUGCUAAUGGACGACCUGGGGCAUAUGUUGCACUGUCUAAUACUUUGGCAGCUGCUGAGAAAUGGGAUAGUGUUAGUGAGCUUAGAGAAGUAAUGAAGGAGAGGGGAAUAUCCAAGGAUACUGCCUGCAGUUGGGUUGGAGCUGAUAGUGUUUAUUAGUUCUUGGGAUGGUGAAGAGAUGCCAAUUGGCAUUUUUUGGUUAAUUAAAUCAGAUGAUCCCUCUUGCUUGCUCUUGUACAAUCUGGUCUUGUUUUGGUUCUGACAUUAAUGUAAACUAUUAUAAGAAAUUUCACAAGAUUUUCGAUGAAGUGGAGAGACAAUGGUAGAGUGCAAGACUGUAUGGUUCAAGGAGCUAAAUCCUAAUUGACAGAAAAGAAUGAAAAGGUAAAAUUAAAGUUACUGAGUCCUGACUAUUUUGUACACAAAGGCCUCAUUCUUAAGAGAUAAGCUGUUUUAUAAAUUUUAUUUAAACUUCUUCAAUCAAUAA